AUGGCUACAGUCCAAGAUUUAUCAUACAACUUUGAACAUAAAUUCUGGCAAUAGAGAGUAAACAAAGAACUAGUCUAGAAAAUGAACUUUGAGAAUGUCUUGAUUGAUAACAUUUCUGAAAUUGAAUAGAAUUGUGGAAAGGUUGUUGUCCCAUCUCAGACUAUAAGACCAUAAUUAUAAGCUACUACUUCUUUUUCUACUUUAUAAAAUGGCAUUAAACUAGCAAGUCAAACGAAUUUGAAUAAUGGCUAGAACCAAAUCCCUGGUAAAAAUUACUUCUUAGUAAAUUCUUCUUAUGUUCAAGCAAGCAAUCCUAACUCAAUGAGAGAUUUAGGUCAACUAAGGGGAGUCUUAGAUUUGUAAUAGCUCAUGAAUUAACAACCAGCAAUCAAGGGAGUUCUAAGAUCUGAACCCAAUUAUGGUUAUAGACCAGCAUCUACAAAUCUUGUGAGAGGAAAAGAGACAUCUGAUCUGCUUUUUAAUAACCAAAAGGAUUAUAAUUAGUACAGCACUAGUAAUCUUAGGACUAUUUAAGAUUACGAUGAUAACCGUAGCAACUAUACUGCAUAAAAAUACUAGAAUUAGGGUACUAGAAAAGCAAAGAGAUUCAUUGAAGCAUAAUUGAAUUAGAGAAAUCUAAGCACAAUUAAAGUAAAAAAGAUUUAAGACGCCAAAUUCAAGGGAAAAGUAUUCGACCCAGAUGCAAAAAUAUGGUCCUUUAGGUAUGGAGGCAAGCUACUUAAAGUAAAUGAAAUAUUUAGAGAAAGUCAUUUACAUCAAGAUUCAAAUCAGCAGCACUAAUCAUAGUCCAAGAUGAGAACCAUUGAAAAUAAUGAUGAUGAAACAUACUCUCAGUUUGCCAAUCAAAAUAAUAUCAAUUAUCCUAACCCAGUUCAUUUGAGAACAGUUGAUUAUAAAUAAAAUACUUAGUCACCUAGUGUAGAUUAUAAUCAAAACUUAAUGAGAGCAAGUUUUAAUUAAAAUCCUUAGAGCUAAUUUUUAAGAACAAUGAACUAAUCUGAUAUUGAAACGAAGAGUCGUUCUUCUAGAAUGUCUCUUGAAAGAUUAUAAGAACUAAAAGCUUCCAGAGCUUAUAGAAAAGGUGAAGCACUAUCUUAUCGAUCCUCUGUCAAAGGAGGUAGUUCAUCAGUGGCCAGAUCAAUCAUCAAUAUGUCUCAAGGUUCCUUUAAUCAGCGUACCACAAAGCUUUAAAACAGAGGUAAUGAUAAAUUCAUUGACCAGGCAAAUAUGAAACAUCAGAUGAAGAUGACAAAUUCAAUGAAAAACAAAAGUCUUAAGCAUAUAAUGAUGCUGACUCAUUGA